AUAUUAGGGUUAGCCAAGUUCCAAGCUUUACCACAUAGCCUCUCCCUUCAUCAAAUCUCUCUCUAAAAAAAAGUAUUUUUACCAUUUUUUUUUUGUUUCCCAUUGUAAUAACGAUUUCUGUUUAUUUUGGUAGCCCAAGAACAACACGCGACGUAUUUUUAUUUUUUAUUUUUUCUUUUUAUUUCCCAUUGUAAUAACGAUUUCUGUUUAUUUUGUUAGCCCAAGAACAACACGCGACAGCAAAAUAACAAGAAAGCUUUUUUCUCUUGCAAAAGGACCAUGGUCUUUAUCAAAACCUGGCUAGAGAAAGGCCAGCAUUUCCUAUGCAUAAUAGGAAUUAGGUUUUCCUAGUUGGCAAAGAUAUUGGUUCACUCUGGCCGCCGCAACAGAUUUAAAGCAUUCUCACACCUCUAGGAGGGUGUGAGGUGAUAACGAAGGUGUGAUAUUGCUUUGAGUUUUAAGGCGAUCAAGAUCAUCUUAUGUUUGGAGACUGUGCCAUGUUCAAAGGGCUUGUCUCUUGAUUUUGGCUAUGGUUUGCUAGCUUUCUGGAAGCUUGAUGGUAGUUGAAGAUAGUCAGGCCAAUUGUAGAUGUAGCUUGCGUUAGUAUUGUUACAAUGGUUAGGUUCUCAUGCUUCAAUGCUCACAUCCUUUCUCACAAACCAAAGAAAACAGCCCACGCUUUUGCUGAAGCAAAGCAUAAGAGUUUGGAAGAUUUUUCUCAAAUUCAAGCUCCUAAGGCAUUGACUAACACUUCAAGCUUAGUACUUCCGAAUGCACGAGUAGAUGCUCAAAGUAGGAAUGGUAUCAGGGAUGUUACAAGCUCUGAUGUAUCUGUUGGACAAAGCUGGAUUUCAGACAAAAUUGAGAACAAAAUCAAUGUCAAGAAUGACAUAGGAGCCCAUCAGACAAGGCUUAUUAGGAAAAGUGAGUCUCUCGGGAGUGGAUUAUGCCUUGAGGGAAGGGAUCUAUGUGACAAUGAUACUGAGGAGGAGAUAGAUCAAGGAGUAUAUAGUGAUUCCCUUGAUCAAAAUGGGUUACUUGGACCAAAUGGCAUUAAGGAUUCAGGAAUAAGCCCAACUAGUGAGGAUAUGAAAGCUCAGCAACUAGAAUCUGUUAAUAAGAGUUCUGAAUUUGUCAAGAAGGAAUCCAUAUUCUCAAUUGGUGAUUCUCAGCAUUCUGAAAAGGAAAGCCCUGAAAAUUCUGAUACUCCAUUAUCUGGUGAAGGUGGCAAUGUCUCUGGUGACCAGUCACCUCACAGCCAUCCCAUCAUUGAAAAAGCAUGUACUUUUUCAGACAUGGGCUCUUAUGCACCGACUUUUCAUAGACAUUCUUGUGAAUAUUUAGCACCUCGGUCAAGAUCCUCUGAGGACCUCAAUGCUCUAGACUUGAGGUGGAAAACGAUUUCAAUUCAUGGGAAUGAAACUCAAAAAAUGAAAGAAAAAGAAGGGGAUGUUAAUGUGCCUAAAACUGAGGAAAACAAUUCAAAAAGUCGUGUUGAUGAAGGUUUUGAUUUUUAUAAUUACUCAGCUUUGGCAAAGGACUGGAUAAUGCCAGUUAUAGACGAAGUGAACCAGGCAAAAAAUCUCCAAGGGGAAUCCUCCACUCAGCUGUGGGAAGAAUUGCCGAGUAAGGAUUUUAAAAUGAAGCGUAUCGUGGACUGGGUAAACAAACUUCAACAUUAUGAUUCUUUGGAAGAAACAAAUGGAUUGCCUGAUGCCGAUGACCCAGUUGAGGGAGAUUCCAAUGAUUUGACUUCUGCCAAUGUUGAUAAUAAGGACACUCCUGGUAUAAAAGCUGCUAAAAGAUACAUCUCUUCUCUGAGUGUCUCUGCUACCACAGCUCAUAUGUCAGACCUUGGGCUGGAAGUGAUCCCAUUUCUUAGUGUAUUUGGUAGCCUGAGGGUGCUUAAUUUAUCAGGAAACUCUAUUGUAAGAAUAUCGGCUGGUGCCCUCCCUCGAGGACUUUAUAUGCUGAAUUUGUCAAGAAACAUUAUUUCCACCAUUGAGGGUUUACACGAGCUCACCUGCCUCCGUGUACUGGAUUUGAGCUACAAUCAAAUAUUCAGAAUUGGACAUGGUCUGGCAUCGUGUUCCUCCCUGAAAGAGCUAUACUUGGCUGGAAAUAAAAUAAGCGAGGUAGAGGGUCUCCACCGUUUGUUGAAACUGACCUUGCUGGAUCUGCGUUUCAACAAAAUCUCUACCGCUAAAUGUCUGGGCCUACUUGCAGCUAACCACAGUUCCUUGCAAGCCAUCAGCUUGGAAGGAAAUCCAGUGCAGAAAAAUGUUGGAGAUGAACAACUCAAGAAAUAUCUACAAGGCCUUCUUCCCCAUCUGCUUUACUUCAAUCGGCAGUCAAUUAAAACCAGCACUUUGAAGGACUCAGUCGAUCGAUCAGUUAGGAUAGGCAUCAAUGCCCAUCAAUUUGAUCGUGGCCUCAGGUCAGAUAGCAAAGCUGUGAGAAAGGUCAGCCAUGGUCUAGCUGGUUCAAGGCCAUUACCUUCAUCAACUCAUGGUCGUAAAAGUCAACCUUUGACCUCAACUAAACGGUCAAGUGGAAGGCAUCUCCACUCACAACCAAGUAGAACCCAAUCAACAACAGGCCAUCAUCAUCAUUUCAUUGAUCCUGGUAGCAAACUCCUGAACUUUAGAUCGGAGUUCUUAGUUCAUAGGAGUCAAAGUGAGGGGACUCUGAGAGCGUUCUAGGAGAUUUUCUAUUAUGCUUUCCAAAGUCUGGUUGGUACAUUACUUUGUGUGGACGUACGGUUUUCUGUCAUUAUUAUUUUUUACUCAAAGCAGUAGAGGUUGUUGUAAAGGAACCGGCCUCUUAAUAGAAAGGUAUAUGAGAAUCAAGUUGCAGCUUGAAAA